AUGCAGGGUCAAGCAAACCACUUCCGUCUCUUUGCCGGCGCACGCUCUGACUACGGUAUUAACCGAUACAUUGAGGAGACGAAGCGUCUUUACUCUGUUCUCGAGUCUCGUCUCCAAGAGAGCCCUUACCUCGCAGGUGACAAGUACACCAUUGCUGAUAUUGCGAACUUUUCCUGGGUUCGGGGUGCUCCCAACUCGUUGGAAAUUGAUUUGGCCGAAUUCCCCGCUGUGAAGAAGUGGGUUGAUGAGAUCAAUAAGCGUGCUGCUGUGCAGAAGGGUGUGGAUGUUCCCUCUACUGGCAGGACUCCUGAGCAGAUGGCUGAGUUGUUCGCAAACUGUCGCGCUAAGAUUGAUGGCAUGACCAACUCGGACAAGCACUAA